AUGAAAAAGCACAACACUGCACCGUCAACCGACGAUGCACCACCGUUGGCGAAAAGGAAGACAUCUCGUCGCUCUCCCGAGGGCGACGCAGAGGAAGAAGCCGACGCCAAGUGGGACAAGAAGGUCAAAGUCGAACCUGGGAUUGAUGUCACGAGUGGUUCAAGCAAGAGGCCAAAGACUGAGCAGACGACGGCAAAUAUCAAAGGACACCUUGCAAUGGAGGCCUUGAAACGUCGCCGCGCUGAGUCCGCCUCAGCAUCGACACCCACCUCGACCGCCCCCAGCAACCAUGCCUCGGUGGUCGAUUGUGCGCUGAAAGUGCUGACAGAAGUGCCGCUGGACGACGACCGAUUCGUGCCCAGUGCUAUCAAGACCUUCACCGAAGACCAUAUCAAUGCACAGCUCCCACCACCGUUCUCGCUCAGCAGCGAGGUUCCCUUCGUUGUCGGAAAGCUUCGAGACCGCCAUGCCGACCAGGAACGAAAACAGCACUUCUUCAAUCGGCUACGCAAAGCAGAAGCAGUGACCGUUGCGUCUUGGAUUAGCUCUACUAUACCCGAUCGAGAGCUUCUACAACUUGUUUGUGCCUUGCUGUUGGAAAGCACAAGUACGUCCGCCAGGAGUACAUCAGCCUCAAACAGGACUCCACAGCCACCCGCAACAGACCCGUCGAAAGCGAUUCCUACACCACCGUCUUCGAGCCGCACCAACAGUGCCAAUGGUGCCGAAUUCGAUCUCCAAGGCUACAGCUCCUCCAAUAGAGCCGACAGAAGAGAGUUCGUCCGUCUACAGUUUACAAGAUCUAUCGACUUCUUCACGUACCAUAUCGAGAAUUUCGUCCGGCAAUAUCCAGCCGCUACGACCCCUUCUUGGCCACAUCCUCCUGACUUUUGGUCACGUCUUGACGAAGAGCAGCGUGGCAAGUGGGAGCAGCUCUUGUCGAGGGUACACAUUGACGGGCUGAAGUGUCUGCUCAAGAAAGAGGCAUACGAUUUGUUGGCUGAGCAGCUGUUCCAGCCCGUCACUCCAGAGACCAAUUUCCCAGACUCGUCUCCAGGAGAUGGAGAAGAAACGCAAGGCAUCUCCACUGCGGACUCUGAGCAGUUUGCAGCGCCAUCGGUCGAGACCUGUGAAGCGGCCAAGCCUGUCGAACCUUCCCAGAGAGACCAUCUCAAGCGCUCUCCGUCUGAGGUCGGCCGCACUACACCUCUAGCAGACAUCCCACCGCCCUCAGCACCCAUACCACCUCAUCACCUCUUCACCCGCCCCACCUUCGUCCCCUUCGUCCCCCACAACCCCAUCCCCAACACCUACUCCGUGCUCCUCCCCAUCAACACCCCCACCUGCCCCAUCCCCGACGCCACAACCCUAGAAGUCCGCCAAUCCUGCCUCACAGUCUUCGGCCACCAACACGGCGACGCCUCCGUCGAACAAGUCAGCCCACACGCCUGGAUCGUCUCCUUCACGGGCAAACCCCCGCACGGAGCACGCCAGCCUCCUGAACCGCCCCCUCCAACUCCGCGACUGCAGCUUCCACUCCGAAUUCCUGCCCCGCGAACGCCCGCGCUUCUUCGAAGCCGACUUCUCCCCCGCCCCCGCCCGGCACAUCCCCUCCGACGAGAUCCUGCGCGAGGUCCGCUGGGCGUUCGCCGCGCGCGACCAGCGGCCGCAGCUCGCGGAGCAGGUGGCCCACGGCCAGCGGAGGAUUUUGGCGUAUUUCGUCGAGGCGGUGGAGUUGUUUCGGUUUUAUGUUCCUUUUGGGAGACAGAGGGUGGGGGAGGGGGAAGGGGGGUUUGUGGCUUGUUGGCGGCCGUUGAGGGUCAAGGCGAGGUGUUGGGUUUGUGGGGUGGUUCAUGGGGGGUGGUGUCCGCAGGCGGAGGUUUUGGAGUUGGUGUAGGGAUCUGUUUGUAUUGUGUAUUGUGUGUCUGA